AGUGUAUCUUGUCUUCAACAUUCAUUUUAUAUUAAAUUGUUUUUUAUUAGGGCUGGCACUUUCAAAUUUUUAUUAUUUUUAUUUUCCUCUUUAUAUUGUAUUUUCAAGUAAAAUAAUGUACAUCAAGCGGAUAUAUGCAGGUUUAGUUUCAACACUGCUUCUAUGCCAAACAACCUACGCCCUCUUUAUUCCUGAUGUCUCCGCUACUCUCUACAAACGCAUAAUCAACGGGUUUUUACUGACAAAUAGUCUGGGGACCAGUGCUGUCCCUGUAAUUAAAGUCGCCGGCGACGGCAUAUACGCCUGUGGCGGAACCAUUAUAUCGCCCAAACAUAUCCUCACAGCCGCCCACUGCGUAGUACAAACCAAAGACGCAGUCUCGCCCACAACCAACAAAGUUGGCAAUGUGAAUAAAAUAACCAUUCAUCCAGAGUACUUUGCCCAGGAGCGAAAUGGCCGGGUAGAUAUUGCAAUUUUAGAGCUGGAGGACCUGGAUUUUUCAGGGUUUAACCAGCGAGUUCCCAUUUACGAUGGACCCAUUGGGGUUGAGCAGACUAUGUUGGCUGUUGGGUGGGGCCAGGCAGAAGACGGUGCAGAUAAUCUAUCAGUUCUUAGGGGUGUGCUGGUCAUGACCGGGAACAAAACGAUGUGCGGGGGUGAAUCCGGCGAGUUUGUUGAUAAUAAUGGCCCGCAGAUAUGCACACCUGGCGCGCUCACCCCGUAUCACAGCACAUGUAUGGGUGACUCGGGCUCAGGUCUGCUUGUCAGCUCUAAUAAUACACUGAUACUUGUGGGUGUGGACAGUAUUGCGCGGGUUUCACCUUUUGUGCAUGCGUCAUACUAUAUGGACUUUAUCAUGGAAAAUACAGGCUUGUCAAGGGAGUACCUGACUGGUCUUAGCGACUCGUAAAAAACCAUUUCAAUCAUUUGUUAUUUUUUAUGAAAGAUCUUUAUUUAAAUACACGUUAUUUAUUAU